AUGGCAAAAGACGAUUUCAUUACCGUAGAAGUAACGGAGAUUAAUCCUUCCACCGCGGCGAGCUCUGUCUGCAAUGAAAGCUUGUCUCAAGACGACCCCUCAUGUCCUCAGUAUCAAAGCUCCGAUGAGGAAUCUGGAAGGGCUGAACACUCUUCAUCGGGUAUUUCUGAAUCCGAAACAAAAGCAGAUCCCACUAUUGUCACUUGGGAUGGUCCAGACGAUCCUGCAAAUCCAAAGAAUUGGAGCCGCCGAAGGAAGUGGGUGGUCACGGUCAUUGUCUCCGCAUUUGCAUUCAUCUCUCCUCUCUCGUCCUCCAUGAUCGCCCCCGCUUUAAGCCGUCUCGGCAGCGAAUUGCACAUCCCAAGCGGCGUACAGCUACAGAUGAUCCUCUCGAUCUUUGUUCUGGCCUACUCUUUCGGACCGUUCUUUCUAUCGCCCGCUUCCGAGAUUUGGGGCCGUACCCGCAUAAUACAAUACUCGAAUCUGGUGUUCAUCCUCUUCAACGUUCUAUGUGGGUUUGCGAGGACGAAGGGCGAGCUUCUCGCAUUCCGGUUUAUAGCCGGUUUAGGCGGCUCAGCGACAUUAGGGAUGGGCGCUGGCAUUCUCUCCGACUGCUGGAGCCCUGAGGAGCGAGGUCGAGGUAUGGCCCUGUAUCAACUGGCGCCUAUCCUUGGGCCUGCGAUUGGUCCAGUAGCUGGCGGGUUCAUUGCGGAGAAUACAACCUGGCGGUGGUCCUUCUGGUCCAUCACAUGCUUCAACAUCGCCAUCCAGCUUGUCGGGCUCUUCUUCCUACGCGAGACCUACGCGCCGCGACUCCUCGCUCUGAAAGCGCGAACACUACGCCAAAAGACUGGUAAUCCAGAGUUGCGCGCCGCGACAGAGACACCCUCCCGCACCCUCCCAGCUCUUCUCCAAGUCUCCCUAACGCGGCCGUGGCGAAUGCUAGCGACGCAGCCAAUCAUCCAGCUGCUGGCACUCUACCAAGCCUACAACUUCGGCAUGCUCUAUCUCUUCAUCUCGAGCUUUCCGGCCUUAUGGGAAGGGCGCUACGGCAUGUCCACCUCGCUGGGCAGCCUGAAUUAUUUCUCGCUCGCGCUCGGUUCGCUGAUCGGAGCACAAAUAUGCGGACCGCUGGCGGAUCGCAUACACCGACGCAUGCGGAUCCGGUACGGCGGCGCCGAGGACGCGAAAGCGGUACCGGAGUUUCGGAUUCCGCUCAUGAUUCCGGCGGCUUUUGUCACGCCGUGCGGGAUUUUCUUAUACGGAUGGGCUGCGCAGGCGAAAAUGCACUGGAUAGUGCCGAACAUCGGAGCAGCCUUAUUUGCGGGCGGCAGCAUGAUCUCGUACCAGUGCAUACAGGUGUAUCUCGUCGACACGUAUACGCGGUAUUCUGCGUCCGCGUCCGCGGCUUCGGCGUUCUUGCGCUCGCUGGCGGCGUUCGGGUUCCCGUUAUUUGCGCCUUCACUGUUUGAGACGCUAGGUUAUGGAUGGGGGUGUAGCGCUCUGGGUCUUGUGGCUGUUGUGCUGGGCAUCCCGGCACCGUUUUUGUUUUGGAGUUUUGGGGCGAGGAUACGAGCUAGGAGUCCUUUUGCUGCGGGAGGUUGA